AGUUGGCAGCUGGACUUGUUCCGCUGAAAUUUAAACCACAUGGUCGAAGCAAAGAAUGACGAUGCUGCCUUCAGGAACCUGUGAUGUUGACUAUUAUCUCACACCUUCUACUGCACUGCACCUUCAUCUUUUUCAAAAAAAAUUAACUUACAGCACUGGCAAACAGUAUAACUGCUUUUUAGUGAAGAAGAUAUUCUUUCUAUAGUUCUUUUUCCUACAGUUUCUGGUCAGUGAUUCACUUUGUCGCCACGCCCCCUGGAAAUAUUAACUGUUUAAUAGUCCAAACGUGUCAUGUUGCGUUCAGCCGUAUGAAAAACAAAAUGCAGCCACUUAUUGAAUUGAUUUCCGGAUUUGGGUUCGUUGUGGUGCGCAGAAUUGUUGAGGAAGAACAUUUUUUAGGCUCCGUGCCAUCAAAAGGUUCAUCGUCAUUUACAUCUAAUAUUUCCCUAAUGCACGUAAACGCUUCAUGAGCGCAGUACCAGCUCAGACAGAACCAGAGGAAAUUUCAGGUUCGGUUCUGCUGAAAUCUUUGUGUUUGGAGAAUGUGUGAGUCAGACUUUGUGUUUAUGAGAUGAGAAUGUGGAGCAGAAAGAGAUGCAGAUGUUUUCUCUGAAUUUUCAAAUACAAUGAUUCGUGAGGAUGGAGAGACCUGUGAUGUUUACAGACUGAGACGGCCGACUCCAAACUUCUGUCCUGCUGAAACAAAUCCUCAGUGAUGUAGAAAAAGCAGAGAGAGGAAAACAGGUCAGAGUUCGUCCAGCUGACUAAAGAUGCAGCAGAGCUGAGAAGAUGCUGAGGAAGGUGGUGAUGAUGAGGAGGGUCCUCCAUGUGAAGGGAGAUGUAAUGUGCACACUCAUCCUCCUGGUGGCGCUGUGUUUUCUGCUCUACGCUCGUCAGGUCGUCCUCUCCGCUGGCUGGAGCCGAUCCGUCUGGAAGCUGCAGAUCCAUGGAUCCACCAGCUCCAGUCGCUCCCUGCUGGGCUCCAGUUCACAAACUGGGAGGAAGGAGGCGCUGCAGUCUCCUCUACAGCCACAGCUGCCUUCCUGUAAACCCCGACUCAAGUCCGAACCUUCCCAGUCCAAAUCCAGCUCUCAGAUCAGAUCCAGGUCACGAAAGAAGAAAGUUAUUCCAACCGCGGCUGAUGGAAAACGGCUGCCGACGCUGCCGCCGUUCGACUUCGAGAAGUAUCUGAGAGAAAAGGACAAAAGGAACUUUAAUCUGCUCAUCGACCAGCCUGAGAAAUGUCGCAUCAGAGAAGAAGAGGAAGGAGGAGGAAGAGGAGGCGCUGUUUCGGCUCCCUACAUGCUCAUUGCUGUGAAAUCUACAGCUGCAGAUUUCGACAAGCGGCAGGUUGUGCGUCGGACCUGGGGGAGGGAGGGGGCGCUCCACCCUGGCCGGUCCAUUCGCACCGUGUUCCUGCUGGGGAUUCCCAGGAAUCGCUCCUCCCUGCCUCUGUGGGAUCGGCUGCUGGCCUACGAGAGCCAAGCCUUCCAGGACGUCCUGCUCUGGGAUUUCGAGGACACCUUCUUUAACCUGACGCUGAAGGAAACACAUUUUCUGGAAUGGGUCAACAGCAGCUGUCCUCAUGUGAAGUUCAUCUUCAAAGGUGAUGCUGACGUCUACGUAAACGUGGAAAACAUCCUGGAGAUGCUCCAAGGCCGAGAGCCGGAGAAGGAUUUGUUCGUGGGAGAUAUUAUCGUGAACGCCAAACCAAUCCGCCGUCGCACUUCCAAGUACUACGUUCCGGAGUUUGUGUACGGAGGCGGUCUGUACCCCAGUUAUGCUGGAGGAGGAGGGUUUGUGAUGUCAGGACACACGGCUCGAAGGCUGAGCUCCGCCUGUCAACAGGUGGAGCUGUUCCCAAUUGAUGACGUCUUUCUAGGAAUGUGCCUCCAGCUGAUCGGCGUCAAACCUUUACGCCAUCAGGGGUUUCGAACCUUCGGGAUUCCCCGACCGUCUGCGGCGCCACACCUCCAGACGUUUGACCCCUGCUUUUACCGGGAGCUAAUGGUUGUUCACAGCCUAGGCGUCCCGCAGAUCUGGCUCAUGUGGAACCUGCUUCAUGACCCCAAACUGAGCUGCCACUACAGAACCGGCCAGACGUCCGGACCCUUUAAAUGGAGAGGGAGGGUUGGAGAGAUGGCAGCAGAUGAGGCGGAUUACGGCGAGAAGCCAGUGUUUCUCACACAUUAGUUCCUGCCAGGCGGGCAGAGCUGGAGCUGCUGGUAUCGUGCAGCAUUGGAGGACAGUAGGAAACAAUUUUAUUCAGCCAAGCUGAUGGUUUACCUGCCAGGAAAUGAAAAGGCAAAGGGGGAAAUCUCUCCCAGCUGACUCUGCAGUGAAACUCAAGGAAUGCAUUGUAACUGUGACCUUAGGGACCGAUCUGCCCCCAACUUAUUUAUCCACUACCAGAGGGAAAGUCUUUGAUAUGCAGAUAAGUUUAUGAAAAGUGAAGAGUUUCUUUUGCACAACUGAAUUUGUAAAGCUGCUGUCACACUAGCAGCGUUUCUAUUACAAAUGGGCGCAAAACUUUCCUAAUUCUGAUAUUAUCGAAAAAAACAUAACUUCACAGUUAGUGUGUUCCAUUAAAUAAGAAACGCAAUAAAAAAUCACACAUGAAUAAGUUUGUUCACGCAAUAAGUUGUUAAAAAACAGGUCAUAGCAUCUUCCUCAAACUACUUCUUGUCAUCUUCUUCUUUGGGGUUUUCGCCAGUAGUAAAAAAAACUUUAGUUUUUCACAAAAUCAAAGCUGUGUUGACAUUAGUUUACUUUGAAAAACUGAAAUGGAAUUUUUUUUUUUGCAUCACACAAGUCACAUGAUCAACAACCAGGCGUUACGAUUGGUAGGAAAGACAAAGAGGACAACGGGAGGUAGUUAGAGGACGAUGAUGCGAAAUUGUGUUUUUCUUUUUUAUUUUAGUGGAAUACUGAAGUUUUACGCACAUUUGUAAUAGAAACACAGCUACUGUCUUAUAUUUGUUUAUCUAAAAAUGCAUUUUACAUGUAAAAUAUGAGCACAUUUUGUGAAGCGUUGAGUCCUGUGAAGCUCAUGUAUUGUACUCAUGACGUGUCCUUGCUACUACAGUGAAGAAGCAGCUGCACUGAUAAAGUACGAGUAGCGAAUAUGCAAGGUAUGUAUUGCAUCUCUGAAUUUCAAACUGAAUGUUGCAAAAUAUUUCAUGCUAAAGUGUCCCACUCACAGAAAGGCAUCCUGGACAGUUAUCAAAUAACAGAUAUGACAGUGUAUUAGGACCAUUGUACAUUUAAAACCAAAAAAAAAAAAGAUGUUCACCAGAAAUAUCUGAGAAUUUUAUUUUUAGAAAAAACAAAUUUCUGAGUUUUUUCUCUAGCAUUUUAAAGAUUAAUCUCAUAUUUUCUGAGUUUUUUCAAGCAAAUUUUCAACUUUUCAAACAAAUUUCAUUGUUUUCUUUAGAAAAGUUUUGAGAUUCAGCUCCAAUUUUCUGAGAGUUUUGGCGGAUAGUUAUUCCCAUUUUUCUUCUGAUGGAAACUUCUGACCAGAACUGCAGUUGUUCUAAAAAACACACAGAAAAACUUUCCAUUUCACAUCCAAGUUUUAUUUUUCUGUUUUCAUAUUCUG